UUACUGUGGUAAACAUUCGCUUGCAGGUGCUUGAAGUGUUGCUUCUAGUUUUGGCAAGUUUACAGUGAUUUUUGAAGAUCUUGAAGCUGUCAUCCAUCUGAUAUUUUUGUUCUAACUUGAACAAUGACUGAAAAGAAAGGCGGAAUUCCAGGUAUGGCAAGAAAGGGAAAGGAGAUCGCCCUCCAACAGGAGAUUGAAACACAGGAAGAAUGGGAGGAUAUGCUCUCCAAAGAGGGUCUCUGUGUGAUUGAUAUUUACCAAGAAUGGUGUGGACCAUGUGGGUCCAUAAUGGGAACAUUUAGGAAAAUUAAGAAUGAACUGGGAGACAAACUACUAAAGUUUAUUGUUGCAAAGUGUGACACGAUAGACGCCCUGGAGAAAUACAGGGGUCACUGUGAACCGUGCUUCUUGUUCUUCGCUGGUGGGGUGAUGGUAGCGGUGGUGAGAGGGGCCAAUGCUCCGUUAAUCUUACGGACCAUCACAGAACAGCUGGCACAUGAACACAAGGUGUUGGAUGGACAAGCUGAGAGGAAGGAGAUUAAGGACACUACGAUUGCCCAGCUGAAUGAGAGAGACAGGCAGGCAGAGGAGGAGGAAGAGGAACCAGAGGGCCGUAGAAUGAACUUUCAGGGAGAAAUCAUAGACUUUGGGGAUGACCUUGAAUACACUGGCCAAGAGCCUGUGAAGGAAGUUUCUGUGGUGAUCAUAAAGCCAGAUGCUGUAGAUUCAGGCAAGGCUGAUGAAAUCGUUGCAGAGAUGAAGAAGCGUGGCAUUGAGAUACUGCAACAGGAUGAAAGACAGCUGACAGAGGAUGAGGUGAAGAAUAUCUAUACUCACCUUCAGGAUGAGGAAUACUUCCCAGACUUGGUGACAUACAUGACAAGGUCCCCAUGUAUUGUCAUGGCCAUCACAAAGGGAAAGACUGGAGACAACAUUAUCAAGGAAUUUAGGGAACUGAUUGGACCUACUGAAGUGGAAGAAGCAAAGGAACAAGCUCCAGAAAGCUUAAGAGCCAAGUUUGGUGGUGAGAAGUAUAUGAAUGCUGUCCAUGGUAGUGACAGUUCAGACACUGCUGCUCGCGAGCUGGCAUUCUUCUUCCCCAACUUUGCAGCACCAAAGAUUGAGGGCAAAGGAAAGUUACAGAGAACUUUGGCUCUCAUCAGACCGGAUGCUUACAAGGAGCACAAAGAUGAAAUCCUGGCUAAGAUCCGUGAGGCAGGGUUCAAGGUAGCCAUGUCAAAGGAGGUUCAUCUGACUAAGGAACAGGCAGAGGACUUCUACAGCGAACACAGAGGACAGGAGUACUUUGAUGAACUCACUGACAGAAUGUCCAAUGGUGCGCUUUUGGCUCUUGGGCUGGCUAGAGAGGAGGCCAUUGCUGGAUGGAGAGACAUGUUGGGGCCAACCAAGCUUGAAGAUGCAAAGGAGGAGAAACCAGACAGUGAUGGUCAACCUAAAAGUCUUCGAGCCCAGUUUAGUGUAGAGGGAGCCAGUAUCAACAUGCUUCACGGGUCAGACUCUGAAGAGACAGCGAAAAAAGAGAUAGAAUACUUCUUCCCCAUGGAACAGACUAUCGCUGUGAUCAAGCCAGAUGCUCACGGAACAAAGGAUGAGAUUAUUGACAAGAUCCAUGAGGCUGGUUUCCGAAUCGCUGCUCGCAAGGAGACUACACUGUCCAAAGAGAUUGCAGAGGAGUUUUAUGGUGAUCAUAAGGACAAGGAAUAUUACAAUGAACUUGUGGACCAUAUGUCCAGCGGCCCAACAUUAUUCAUGGUGCUUUCACGAGAGGGUGCAGUAGAAGGCUGGAGAUCCCUUAUUGGACCAACUGACCCAUUGCAGGCAAAGGAAGUGGAUCCUGACACGUUAAGAGGAAAAUACGGCACAGACAUUUUGAGAAAUGCUGUUCACGGUUCAACUGACAAAGAACAUGCAUUGACAACAAUCACGAAAAUAUUUGGUGAAUUAUACUUCAAUAAAGAUGGUUCCUUAAGAGAACAAGGACCAGGGGACGCAAGAGCUAAAUCACCGGAGGCUAAACCAGAACGAGAAGGUACAGAGUUAGCACCUGGUCCAUCGGAAAGUGAAGAAACACCAGGACAGGCGGAACAAAGCGAGGAAGCGGCAGACAAACCAGCAGAAGAACCCCAACAACAACAACAACAAACAGAAGAGAAACCAUCAGAAGAAAAGGCGCAGGAAGAAGAACAACAAGCACAGGUAGAGAAACCACAAGCAGACGAAGAACAACCACCAGCACAGCAAGAGGAGCAAAAACCAUCAGAAGAGCAAAAACCAUCAGAAGAGAGUCAACAACAACAAGAAUCACAACCAGAAACACAAGCAGAAGAAACAGAGGUGGCACCUGAACCUGCAAAGACAGAAGAGGAACAGAAGCCUGCCGAGGAAGAAAAACCUGCCGAAGAUCAAAAACCUGCCGAAGAUCAAAAACCUGCCGAAGAAAAAGCACCUGAACAACAAGCAGAAACUGAAGCACCAAAAGCUGAAGAGGCUCCAGCUAAACAAGAAGAGGCACCUAAAGAUGAACCAGAGCCAGCCAAGGAAGUUGAACAGGCGCAAGGAGGAGAACAGAAACAAGAGACAGCUGAACAAAAGGAAGAAGAUAAAAAAGAAACCACUGAAGGUGGAGGAGAAUAGUUCCAGUCGCUGUACAAUACAACAUCUAAACAUUAUGUCAACGAUCAAAAAUGAACAUCGUAAUUCAGCUUGAACCGUGUUAUCAUAUUGUGCUAUAUCGUGAAAAAGUGUUUAAGUGUUCAUAUUUUGUGAAGCAAUGGACCUAAUGACUUGAGGAGAUGAUCAAGCGAUUGGCUUGCUUUAACUGUGUGAAUAAAAUUCAAGUUGGAAUUCGAAUAACACUUUUUGUUUGAUCAAAUUAGAUACUUUAUGUUGAGAACAUUUUUUAACAAAGGGAAAGCUUUAUAAUACAACUUUUGUUGAUACUUAUAUUUUGUGAUAUUUUAAAUUGCCGCCCAUUGUUGAAGCUUAUAAGAAUUGAAAUCAAGUUUAUUUUAUUUUAUUUAUAUUUCUUGUUUUGGUAUAAAAAAUAAAUUUGAAACAUC